AGAAAAGCUCCGUGCACUCUGUUUUGCGUCCUCCUCGUCUCGGCUGAAGAAGACAAGAACCAAAAAUGGUACUCGGAACUCACUCCCCGUCCCCGUGAAUCUCCGUCGCGUUCCUCGAUCCUUUCGCGCAGGCGCCACCGGAUUCGACGCCGCGCGGCGCCCGGUUCGGUGCAGGUUUUGCCGAGAUGACCUCGUCUCUGACUUUGUUUUUGUUUUUUUCCUGGGGAUUUCAGGACAGGAGGGCGGCGUCGCAAGGGGAUUACGACGAGCAAGACCGGCGAGUGAAAGGCGCCGAGGUGUUCGUCGGCGGGCUGCCGCGGUCGGCGACGGAGGGGACACUCCGAGAGCAGAUAUUUUCUACUUGUGGUGAGAUUGUCGACUUGCGCAUAAUGAAGGAUCAGAAUGGUGUUUCCAAGGGAUUUGGAUUUGUGCGAUUUGCAGAAAGGGAGUGUGCUUACAUUGCUAAAAGGCAAAAGAAUGGGAUUGAGCUUCAAGGAAAGCGACUAGCUGUUGAUCUUUCUUUGGAUCAAGAUACACUCUUCUUUGGAAAUCUUUGCAAAGAAUGGAGUGCUGAAGAAUUUGAAGAAUUGAUUCAUAAGACAUUCAAAGAUGUCAUAUCAGUUGACCUUGCAACGGCUUCAAAUCUUGAUUCUUCAACGAGCAAAAGACGUCUAAAUCGAGGCUUUGCGUUCGUGCGAUUUUCUUCCCAUGGAGCUGCAGCACGUGUACUCCGUAUUGGUUCCAGAACAGAUUUUAUGCUUGGUGGUAUUUUGCAUCCAGCAAUAAAUUGGGCUGAGAGGGAGUCUAAUGUGGAUGCUGAUGAAAUGGCCAAGAUUAAGACUGCUUUUGUUGGUAAUCUACCAGCAAAUGCCAAUGAGGAAUAUUUGAAAAAGCUUUUUGGACAUUUUGGAGAGGUAAUUCGGGUUGCGGUCUCAAGAAAAGGACAAUACCCAGUUGGAUUCAUUCACUUUGGCAGUCGUUCAGAGCUUGACAAUGCAAUAAAAGAAAUGGAUGGUAAAACUGUCAGCGGACCUAACCGAGGGCCAUCUUUCAAGAUCCAGGUUUCAGUUGCUCGACCUGCAGUAGAGAACGAUAAUAAGAGAAGUCGUGAAGAGGUGAAAACUAGAAGAUCAAAUGUAUCAGGAGGCAAGCCAGAUUAUUCUCAUGGCAGAUACGGACAUGAUUCGGUUGAACGUCAAACGAAAGCUCCAAGACUAUCAAACAGGGUGGCUGAUGUCACUGAUCCCUAUGAAGCAGCUCUUAAUUCACUACCUUCAGCCGUCAACGAACUCUUACUUCGUAUUUUACGUCUUGGAAUUGGCAGUGCAUACGACAUUGACAUCCACUGCAUAAAGAGCCUCAGUGAGCUCCCUGAGUCAGGUGCUGUUGCCGUCCUUAAUCAGUUUUUGAUAACAGGUUCUGACAAACGCAAUAAAGGAGAAUAUUUCCUUUCAUUAAUUGCUAAGCGCAAGGUUGAGGCUUUUGGCGCAGCACAAAUAUUACAGGAUACUACUUAUUUGUCCAGAAAUUCUGAAAUACAAACCAAGCGAUACCGACAUCAAGAUUACGAUUACACGGCAUCCGGGAGCAGUAGAUACAGCUCCCUAGGCGGUUAUCCUUCCUCCUCUUAUGUUGACGAUCCAAUAGUGUCUCAGUCAAGAAGAUAUGGCGAAGAAAGACCCGCUGUUGUAAGAUACCCAGAACCAAGACUGCGUCGAGAAGAAGUACUACUUGAACCAAGACCAAAUAUUGGAAGGCAACUAGAUCGAAUAUACACACAAGAACAGAGUUAUAACGAAAGAUCCGCACAUGAACCCAGGCAGGACACUGGAAGGCAUCUAGAUCGAAGAGACAUACAUGAGCAUAGUUAUAAGGAAAGGUCGGCACAUGAACCCAGACAGGACACUGGAAGGCAUCUAGAUCGAAGAUACACACAAGAACAGAGUUAUAAUGAAAGAUCAGCACAUGAAACCAGGCAGGACACCGGAAGGCAUCUAGAUCGUAGAAACAUACAUGAGCAGAGUUAUAUAUUGAGAGAUCAGCACAUGAACCCAGACAGAACACUGGAAGGCAUAUAGAGCGAAGAUACACACAAGAACAGAGUUACAUUGAAAGACCAGCCGAAGUUGUUCUCCCUAGGGAAAGAAGAUUGGUAUCUGCCGCAGGGUACGCCACAAACAUAGAACCAGAAUUCAAGUCCAGGUCCUCUGCUGAAUAUUCUGCUGAACAUCAGCAAAUGAGGUUUGAUCCCUACACAGGGGAGCCUUACAAGUUUGAUCCCUUCACUGGGGAGCCCAUCAGGCCAGAACCAAGCCUGCGUCGCUCAGGAAGCUUAUACUGACCGGAUUGAGUGGAGCAUGUUUCUGAAUAAAUCCCCAGCACCUCCCCGGGAAAAAUGCCAGAGUCUGCUUCACCUGGCUAUGAUUUGUGAAACCACCUGACAUUAUGAAAUACUCCUUCCGGUUCAAACAUAAGGUGUAUUAGGUUUCGCUAAGACAAGGCUCUGACCAAGAAUUACUUUGUUAACAUGUGGUUUAUAUGGCAUAAAAUUGGUAUCACUAGAUUCUUAUUCAAAAGUGCUUACUGAUAAUUUGUGUUACUUUUUAACAUAUAUAUAAACCACAUGUUAAUGGAGUAACUCUUGGUCAAAGCCUUGUUGUCUUAACGAAACCUAGUACGCCUCGUAUUAUGAAACGGAGGUGCGAGAACACUGGAGUAUGUUUUAUGAUUUCGUGACCCUUCAGACAUUCGAACUAUGCACCAGUGCAAAUGGUAGAAUUUAAACUGUUGGUACUCUCUAUCAGCAAUUGCCACAAACUUUCUUUUCCUACUCUGGCUUUGGACGCUGGCUACUCUGGCUUUCUCAUGUUUACUCAUCCAAAGCAUGCCAAGCAAGAUACCCCCGAUUGACCAGAUGACAAGAAAAGUGGAAACCUGUGGCCUGCUAAUACCACUUCCUUUUCUUCUACUACUUGAUGGAUACUUCACUUGAUUGCUUAAUGAUGACACCCCUUGCUACUUUGCUUGACUCGACUUAAUGUACUGAAUACUCAUGGUAGCUAGGUGUAUGGAUGCGCGUGUAAUUCGCUAAAAAGGAGCUCUAGUAUAACUUGUGAACGAAAUUGCUUACAAGCUGCUUUUCUUCCCUUGUGUUAGUCAAGCUUUUGAAGUUUGAA